CUGACGACCGAAAGAAAUGUAGGAUUUGUCCAAAGUUAACAAAUUAGUCCAUCAGGAUAGGACUAAUCGUCUUAAAAGAUAUGUGAACGAUUCAGUCUUCAGAAAAUGUUAAACAACCUUUAAAAUUUAAAAAGAAGAACUUAUAUUCUGCUCUCACAAAAUGGCAGAGGAAAAACAAUUCGGUAUUCCGGACUAUGUGAUCUUUGUUCUGACUCUUGUGAUAUCCGCGGGUAUAGGGUUAUUUUAUGCAUGGAGAGACAAAAGGCGACAAAGUACAGAAAAUUUUCUUCUUGGGGGCAGACAAAUGUCCAUAUUCCCGGUGACUCUAUCUUUGAUGGCCAGUUUUUUGUCCGCUGUUUUGGUUCUUGGAGUUCCGACAGAAAUAUAUUAUCAUGGCACCAUGUAUUGGGUGAUAUCGUUUUCCAAUAUUUUGACUUUUCCGGUGGCCGUUCAUGCGUUUUUACCCGUAUUUCACAGGCUAGAAAUAUCGAGUGCUUAUGAGUAUCUGGAAGUGAGAUUUUCGAAAACGAUACGAACAAUGGGAUGUAUUGUGUUUCAAGUACAGAUGCUUCUAUACAUGGCAGUCGUGUUGUAUGCCCCCGCGCUAGCUCUGAAUCAAGUUAUGGGAUUCAGCAUGCUUUUGUCAAUUUUAGUCAUUGGACUCGUAUGUACUUUCUACACCGCAAUUGGUGGAUUAAAAGCUGUGAUGUGGACUGACGCCUUCCAGAUGAUUAUAGUGUUUAUUGGCCUCUUGGCGCUGGUUAUAAAAGCCACGGUGGAGGUUGGUGGGUUCAAUCACGUGUGGGAGACAGCUAAACAGGCGGGAAAACUCCAGGCUGACAAUUUUAACACAAGUCCUUUUGAGCGGCACACAUUUUGGACACUUGUGGUCGGUGGGUUUGUGACGUCAAUGACGAUUUACGGCAGCAACCAAGCCAUGAUUCAGCGAUACCUCAGCAUGAGAAGCUGUCGAAGCGCACAAGCAGCAUUAUACUGGAACCUACCGGCCAGUUUGAUUUUUACCACACUGUUGGUGUAUGUUGGGCUAGUCUUAUUUGCACGAUACGGGACCAAUGAUCCAGUGGGGUGCAUUAUUCAGAGGAGGGACCAGAUGAUACCCUGGCUUGUAAUGGAUGUUCUGGGGGAUUACGCUGGAUUUCCUGGUUUGAUGGUUGCUUGUAUAUUUAGUGCAUCUUUGAGCACUGUUUCAUCAGGAGUUAACGCCCUUGCUCUGACUUUUAUGACGGACGUUUUUCGACCACUCCACCACUUCUUCACAAAAUCUACGAUCAACGAGAGGAGAGCUACUCUUUAUUCAAAACUGAUCGCUCUGAUAUUCGGGUUUCUUACGAUCGGAAUGGCUUUUCUUUCGGAGAAAAUGGGUCCCCUAAUCCUACAAAUUGCUCUGAGCAUCUUUGGAAUGGUCGGAGGACCACUUCUCAGCCUCUUUGUAAUGGCGAUGUUUAUCCCUUGUGUUAAUUCGUGGGGCGCUGGUGCGGGUCUCAUCUGCAGCCUCGUUUUCACUUUUUGGCUUGCGAUUAGUGCCAUUGUUCACAGACCAUCUCCCCCACCUCCCAUAUGUCGUAAUGAUGUCACUUCCGCCUUAAAUUCAACCUCAAUCGCAAACCUCUUCAGCACAUCUAGUUCCGUUUUGCAGUCAAGUACCUUGACUGAGUCAACAUUGUCCCUUGAAUCUGGCGGCACAUGGAAUGAAAUCUACAACAUUUCCUACUUGUGGUAUAGCUCUAUCGCCGUCAUUGUAGGGGUGACUGUGGCUAUCAUUGUUAGCUUAAUUACAGGUGGAACCAGACGAAAACCCGUGGAUAGACGCCUCCUAUCCCCACUUUACUUAUACCUUUCGUCGUUCGCUGUGUUUCAGCAAUUUUCAGAGAGACAAGACCAACUCCUUGAAAAGAGAGAAGCAGUGGGAAAUGGCGUGGCUUCUUUGAGACAGACAGUAGACGUAAACACAAAUGAAAAUGUAUUAUGAUAUUACGUUGUAUUUUUUUAAUAUCCAUGGACUAUUAUUACUCAGAAUGUUAAUGUAAAUCAAAUGAAGUUGUAAUACUGUUGUACUCUUA